AUGCGCACAACUGCGACGCAAUCAACAUCAAAACCAACUGAUCUGAAGAAAAAGGUUCAGGAUUCAAAUUUUCGUGAAAGACUUUUAGCAUAUUUGGAAGAUAUUAUCAAAGAAGACCUAGAUGAUUUUACUGACACAGAAACUCAUACCGGGUUCAGUACUCCAUCGUCAUCGAAUUAUUCACCGCAACUAGCAACAGAUAGUAUCUGCGCAAUUAGUUUACCGCACUGGUCUCGAUGUAAUCAUACGAAGAAUUUCCUUAUUAAAUAG